AUGACGAAGUGGCAGCGCAUUCGUGAUUUGUUCCACGCGCAAAUGUCGCAAAAAGACAUUUCGAUCGCCGUAGGAGUGUCCCGGUGGACCGUGAAAAGAGUUUUAGACCGAGAAAAGAAAGGACAACUGUCCGCGAAGGUGUCCAAAGGUCGUCCGAGGUCAGCUCGGGUCCCGAGGGUUAUUGCAGCCAUCAAAAGAAAGAUUCGGACGAAUCCAGUGCGUUCAAUGAGGAAAAUGGCGAAGGAACACGGAAUCAGCGACUUUACGGUACGGAAGAUCGUGAAGGAAGAUUGCGGGGCGAAAUCGAGGGCACGAAAAAAAACUCACAUGAUUACCAACCGUAUCCGGGAGCUACGAGUCGAACGAUGUCAGAAAAUUUUAAACUUCCUCAAGCGCAAAAAUCCGGUAAUCCUGUUCACCGACGAGAGCAUGUUUACUGUCGAUCCCGUUUCAAAUUCUAGAACCGACCGGUAUAUUAGCUCUCUUCCAGUAAAAGACGUGGCCGACGAGUAUAAAAACGUGUAUCUGACAAAGCAUCCUGCUAGCGUUAUAGUGUUUGGAUUGGUGGCUUCCGAUGGCAAAAAAAUGGACCCGGUGUUCAUUCCAGAAGGCGACAAGGUGAACACGGAGGUCUACAUCGGGAUUUUAAGUAAGUAUGUUCUUCCGUGGAUCAAAAAGCAGUACGGAUCGAAGCCAAAUGUUGUAUUUCAACAAGACGGGGCUCCUUGCCACACCUCGAACCGCGUGGUUGUGGUUGCAGGAACAUCUGCCGUUCUGGGCGAAGGAAAUAUGGCCACCAUCCAGUCCCGAUCUUAA